AAUGCGGUGACCCUGCAGAUAGGGUGGACUUCCUGAAGAAGAAGAAGAAGAAGAUUUGUUAUGGUCCGAAUGUGUUGUAGGCCGAGUUUGUACUCUGUAAUCCAGUAUACACAAAACAAGGUUAAGAUAAUGUAGAGUUUUAAAGAUGGAUUAUAUACCAGAAAGCCCAUAUGAGCGUAUGCGACCUUUGAGAGAGGACUUCAAUACACGACUCAGUACAUUUUCUAACUUUCCUCAUAACAGUCCUGUUAAAGCUCUUGACCUUGUUAGAGACUAUUUCUAUUACAUUGGAAUAGAAGACAAAUGCCAGUGUACACAUUGUGGAGGUGUACUUGGUGGAUGGAUGCCUGGCGAUGACGUUCAUAGGGAACACAGGAAACAUUUUCCUGACUGUUCCUACAUUCAACAGUGCUUACAAAAUCCACAUCCACUAAUUUCUUUACAACCGUUAAAUCAAAGUGAUGUUUCACAGGAGUAUACUUCUGGACAAAGUCAUGGACAUGAUUUUGGACACCAGCAUCAGUCAAGUUCUGGUGCUCCAGUUGCCAUGGAAACCACAGUUUCACAAGAAACCCCUGCUGAUAAGCCAGGUGUUACAAGACCUAAAUAUAGAGAAUAUUCAUUAGAGCAGACAAGAUUAUCCUCAUAUACUGGCUGGCCAUCACAAAUGAAGCAAAAACCAGAAAAUCUAGCCAAAGCUGGAUUCUUUUAUUUAGGCCAAGGAGAUAAAGUGAAAUGUUUCUUUUGUGGAGGUAUAUUAUGGGACUGGGAUCCUACUGAUGAACCAUACACAGAACACGCCAAGUGGUUCCCUAAGUGUCCCUGGUUGUCUCUCAGUAAAGGGGAUGCUUUUGUAGACAGAGUUCAAAAGGACUUGAUGUCAAUGAAUAUAGCUGAAUCUACCGAACAGACAGCUGCUAAGACUGUAGAAGAAACGCAACCCAAAGAAAUCCCUGAAGAUUCAACACCAAGUACAUCAUCUGCACAGGCUGCUGCUAAUCCUGACAAGAAAUUCACUUCAGAACAACAUCUUAAUGAAAAAGAACAACUAAAUGUAACAGACAUUAUUGCUGAAAACCGAAGAAUAAAGGAAGAAAAACAAUGUAAAAUAUGUAUGGACGAAGAUGUUAGUGUAGUAUUCUUUCCUUGUGGACAUUUGUCGUGCUGUCCUAAAUGUGCUGUAGCUUUAGACAAAUGUCCGAUAUGUAGAAAAGAUAUUGAAAAGCAAGUGAAAAUCUAUUGGUAAUAAAGUUAUGCAGGGUUGCGUUCAAUAUUGUAGCAGCUAGAAAGGGCUACAUUGAUUUUUGACUACUGAACA